UUAAACCCUAAAAACGUCUGUUAACAAACAGACAUUAGCCUCCACCCCCUCUGCGCCGCUUCAGUGUCGAAAACCCCCUGCCUGUUCAAUCUUGGCCUGAACGGAGGUGGGAUUCGGCAAUGCACCGAUCCAGGUACGAUGCUAGCCUGGAGCAAGUACGGAGGCUCACGUGGAUUUGGCGCGUAGGCGCUACACGCGUUCGGACGCACCAUGCGCGAGGAGGAGGCCUGGCUCUGCUGCAGUGGUGGAGGCUGAAUGCUGCUAGGGUUCGCUGAUUUCUGGUUUAGGCUAGUUGGGCUAGGGUCAUGAACGAGAGCAUUGGUAAGGUUAUCAAGAAGUUCCGACGAAAGGAGGAUGAGCCACCAGAUGAGGAGGGGAGGCUGUUCAGAUGGAUUCUGAUGUCCUUAAAAAGGUUUCCUUUAGAAACAUGGUAUUGAAUGCAUCACUAGAGACUGAAUCUAAAAAGGAAUCCUGGGUUGAGGAUGAUAUUGAACUAACAGAUGAAGAUGUAAAAAAAGAGAUAGUGGAUGAUGUUUCAUCCAUUGAUUUUUCUGAACGUGUUUAUUCACUUUGAAAAAAGUAUGGCCAGAAUGGUAGUUGUAAAAUUGCUUGGGAGGACGAUUGGAUAUAACGCCUUAUGGAAAAAAAUGUGUUCUUUAUGGAAACCGACACAAAGAUUUCAGUUGAUGGAUGUCAAGAAUGACUAUUUCUUGGCAAAGCUUGAGUCAAUGGAGGAUUAUACGAAUAUUCUACCCAAGGGUCAAUGGGUGAUCUUUGGACACUAUUUGACAGUUCAACCACGGUUUCCUAGUUUCACAACGCUACAAUCAUACCCCCACAAAGUUGUUGCAUGGCCGGGAUUGUCAGGAACGUUAUACAAAAAGAGCAUUCUCCAUGAAAUUGGAGAAAUGAUUGACACAUUCAUAAAGAUUGAUCUCCAAAUUGACAAGGGAUCACAAGGCCAAUUUGCAAGAUUUGUUGUGCACGUCAACUUGCUUAAACCUCUUAUUUUGAAAAUCAGGAUAGCUAAAAGAAUUCAUCGUGUAGAAUAUGAGUCUGUACCAAUUAUUUGCUAUCACUGUGGUACUUAUGGACAUUUGAAGGAUAAAUGCCUUCAAAACAAGAAUGAGGAAGCUAUGGAUGAAAAGAUUAAUGGUGAUAAGCAACAUUUUUACGAAGAAUCGAACUUGAUUGUUGCUUAUCACUUGUCGACAAGUGUUAAUCAUGGAAACAAUCAAGUUCAUGGAAACAACCAUGAUUAUCAAUUGGAUUGUUUCCAUGAUCCACUUGGAUUGGUUCUAGAAUAAAAGGGCCUAAAAGCCAUCACUUCCUAGAGCUUUUAAAGGGGCCAUAUCAAACAAUACUGCUUUAAUUUCAUCGUCUGACACUUCUUUUCCAAGAAUCUAAACAUCACAUUGCUCAAGACUAGGGAAUGAGCUAAGGGGUAAAAUACCCAUGGGUCCAGGUUGUUCGCCAUAUAACUUCUAAAAUAAAUUAAUUGCUUCAAGUUGAAGGGCUUCAGCAUCAUAUA